GAGCCGGCGGAGCAGCGGGCGGCCGCUCGGCUCUGUUCUGCGGCACCGGCCCCGGGCAGAGCCCGGCACCCGCCGCCCUCCCGCCGCUCCCCGCCCGGGCCGGCUCCGGUGACGGGAGCCCAUGGUGUCGAGCACCGCGACUCGCACCGGCCGCGGCGCCCGCCCGCCCAGCGCGGAGCCCGGUCCGGAGCGGAGCAGAGGAGGGGCCGAUUAGCAGCCGCCGGGGAGCGGUGGGAUGCCGGAGGGACACAAAGCCGCCGGGGGAAGCAGCCCUCGGCUCGUCCCGGGAUGGGGGCGCGGUGCCGGCUCCGCCUGAUGGUGCCUUGGGGCUCCGUCGCGCUCUUCCUCCUGCUGCUGCCCGCGGCCGAGCCCAUCUGCCCCGAGCCGUGCGACUGCCAGCAGCACCAGCACCUCCUGUGCACCAACCGGGGCCUGCGCUCCGUGCCCAAGGCCGCCGAGCCCCAGGAUGUGCUCACCUACAGCCUGGGAGGCAACUUCAUCGCAAACAUCUCUGCCUUUGACUUCCACCGCUUGGCCGGGCUCCAGCGCCUGGACCUGCAGUACAACCGGAUCCGCUCGCUGCAUCCCAAGGCCUUUGAGCGCUUGGGCCGGCUGGAGGAGCUCUACCUGGGCAACAACCUGCUGCCUACACUGGCCCCCGGCACGCUCAGUGCUCUGGCCAAGCUGCGCAUCCUCUACGUGAAUGCCAACGAGAUUGGCCGCCUCAGUGCCGCCUCCUUCUCUGGCCUCAGCAGCCUGGUCAAGCUGCGCCUGGACGGCAACGAGCUGGGCUCGCUGGGCGACUCCACCUUCUCGGGGCUGCCCAAUUUGCUCUACCUGCAUCUGGAGUCCAACCGGAUCCGCUGGCUGAGCCGUGGGGCGUUCACCGGCCUGGCCAGACUGCGCUUCCUUAACCUCUCUGGGAACCAGCAGAGCUCCCUUCGCCACCCGGAACUCUUUGGCCCGCUGCAUUCCCUGCACACCCUGCUGCUGGCCAGCAACAGCCUGCAGCAGCUGGCAGGGGGGCUUUUUCGGCACCUGUCCGCCUUGGCCAAGCUCUCACUCAGUGGCAACCGGCUGGCUCACCUGGCACCAGACACCUUCACGGGGCUGGGCUCGCUGAAAGAGCUGCGCCUCGAGGGUAACCAGCUGAGCCAUAUUCCUGCCACGCUUCUGGAGCCGCUCAGCAGCCUGGAGGUGCUGGAUCUGAGCCGCAAUGCGCUGACUGCCUUGCACGCCACCACUUUUGGUCGUCUCGGCCACCUGCGGGAGCUCAGCCUGCGAGACAACGCACUGGCCACGCUCCCCGGUGAGGUCUUCACCUCCAGCCCGGCUCUCUACCGCCUGGAGCUGGAAGGGAACGCCUGGAGCUGCGACUGCCGCCUCCGCGGCCUCAAGCACUGGCUGGGGGCCUGGCACUCGCAGGGCCGCCUGCUCACCGUCUUCGUGCAGUGCCACCUGCCGCCUGCCUUGGCUGGCAAGUACCUCGACUACCUGCAGGACAGCCAGCUGCCGCCGCCACCCGACGGCAGCGCCUGCCUCGACGGCGCCUCUCUCUCCGCAUCCCCACCGCCGGCCGCUGAGGGGCUGGGUGCCAAUAGCAGCAGGGCCGCGGGGUUGGCUCGUGGGCCCCCGGGCGCGCCUCCUCCGUCUGCCUCCACUGCCCGCCUGCUGCAGGCGCCUGAAGACGAGACGGCGGCAUCACAGGGCGCGGCGGAGGCUCCCAGCCCCACGCCGCCGCCUGCUCGCCCCAAGGCCUGGGGGCCGGUACCACCCAGCGUGGCCUGGCCACGGCGCGGUGGCAAGCCCCGCUCUGUGCCAUCCUCCGGCGUGCCACCGCUGGUGUCUGACCCGUGCGACUUCAACAAGCUGUUCCUCUGCAACCUGUCGGUGGAGGCGGUGGGCUCCAGCUCGGUGACGGUGCGCUGGGCAGUGCGGCCUCACCGCAGCCCCCGCCUGCUGGGCCCCGCGCGCUUCCGCCUGCUCUUCGACCGCUUCGGCGCGGCCGUCAAGUUCCAGCGCUUCGUCUAUCUGCCGGAGCGCGGCGAGCCAGCCGCCACGCUGCGAGAGCUGCGCCCGGACACCCCCUACCUUGUGUGCGUCGAGGGUGUGCUCGGCGGCCGCGUGUGCCCAGUGGCGCCGCGGGACCACUGUGCGGGGCUGGUCACCCUGCCCGAGGGCGGUGCGGCGGCGGCGGGCGGGCCCCGCGGCCCCGACCAGCAGCUCCUCACGCUGGUGCUGCUGGCGGUCAACGCGCUGCUGCUCUUUGCUGCGCUGGCCGCCUGGGCCUCCCGCCUGCUUCGGAAGAAGGUGCUGGGGCGGCGGAGGCGGAAGGCGGCUCCCGUUCAUGUACGGCAGCUCUACUCCACCCGCCGGCCGCUCCGCUCCAUGGGCACCGGUGUGUCCGCCGACUUCUCGGGCUUCCAGUCCCACCGUCCACCCCGUGGUGCUGCUUGUGCACUCAGCGAGGCCGACCUCAUAGAGUUCCCCUGCGAGCGCUUUGUAGACAGUGGCAGCACCCGGCAUGCUGAUGACCACCUGCUGCAGCGCUUCGCCGACUGAGCUGCUGUAUUACAGCUCCCGGCUGCCCUGUGCCUGAAGGCCUGCCUCCCAUCUGGCCUGCCUGGAGCUGCAGCGGAUGAGGCGACCAUUGGUCGGUGAGGGAGCGGUGCAUCUCCCUAAGGUCACGGCCUGCAAGCGGGAGAGCUGCGGUGUUGCCGCUGCCUUCACCCACCACCUGGCUCAUAGCCCAAGCAGGGGACUAUUGGCAGUGGAGGGCUUGUUUGCUCACCUUCGAGGUCUGUUUCCUUGCAAACCAUCACUAACCCAUUAAAACAACUCAUCUGUGACCUUAACCGUGCCUUGGUGUGAGGGAA